UCAGUUUUCUCCUUGUGUUUGGUUGCUUGAUUUUGUCUGUGUUUUCUACUAUUCCUGAACACACAAAACUUGCCUCUGGUUGUCUCUUCAUUUUGGAGUUUGUCAUGAUUGUUGUCUUUGGUUUGGAAUUUAUUAUUCGUAUCUGGUCUGCUGGAUGCUGUUGUCGAUACCGAGGAUGGCAAGGAAGGCUACGCUUUGCAAGGAAACCGUUCUGUGUGAUAGACAUCAUUGUUCUCAUCGCUUCAAUAGCAGUUGUUUCUGCAAAAACUCAGGGUAACAUUUUUGCAACAUCAGCACUGAGAAGUCUUCGUUUCCUACAGAUCCUUCGUAUGGUGCGCAUGGACCGAAGAGGAGGCACUUGGAAAUUAUUAGGUUCAGUAGUUUAUGCACAUAGCAAGGAAUUAAUCACAGCCUGGUACAUAGGAUUUUUAGUACUCAUCUUUUCAUCUUUCCUGGUUUAUCUGGUGGAAAAAGAUGCAAAUAACCAGUUCUCUACGUAUGCAGAUGCUCUCUGGUGGGGCACAAUCACCUUGACAACCAUUGGCUAUGGAGACAAAACUCCUCUUACUUGGCUGGGAAGGCUGCUUUCCGCGGGAUUUGCUCUCCUUGGCAUUUCUUUCUUUGCACUACCUGCUGGCAUCCUUGGCUCAGGAUUUGCAUUAAAAGUGCAGGAACAGCAUCGUCAGAAACACUUUGAGAAAAGAAGGAAUCCAGCUGCUAGUUUAAUUCAGUGUGUAUGGCGUAGUUAUGCGGCUGAUGAGAAAUCGGUUUCCAUUGCUACCUGGAAGCCUCAUUUGAAGGCCUUGCAUACCUGCAGCCCUACAAAAAAAGAACAAGGGGAAGCUUCUAGCAGUCAAAAAUUAAGUUUCAAAGAGCGUGUCCGCAUGGCCAGCCCACGAGGUCAGAGCAUUAAGAACAGGCAGUCUUCGGUCGGGGACCGCCGGUCACCGAGCGCCGACAUCGCUACGGAAGGGAGCCCGACCAAGGUUCAGAAGAGCUGGAGCUUCAAUGACCGGACGCGUUUCAGGCCCUCAUUGCGGCUGAAGAGUUCCCAGCCAAAACCAGUGGUUGAUGCUGACACGACACUGGGAACAGAUGAUGUUUAUGACGAUAAAGGGUGCCAGUGUGAUGUAUCAGUAGAAGAUCUGACCCCUGCUCUUAAAACUGUCAUCCGAGCAAUCAGAAUUAUGAAAUUUCAUGUUGCGAAGAGGAAGUUUAAGGAAACACUUCGCCCAUAUGAUGUUAAAGAUGUCAUUGAACAGUACUCAGCGGGUCAUCUAGAUAUGUUAUGCAGAAUUAAAAGCCUUCAGUCACGCGUCGACCAAAUUCUUGGAAAAGGACAAAUCACAGCAGAUAAAAGAAGCAGAGAAAAGAAUACUGCAGAGAAUGAGACAACUGAUGAUCUUAGCAUGUUAGGGCGUGUAGUCAAGGUGGAGAAGCAGGUUCAAUCCAUUGAAUCAAAACUGGACUGUCUGUUAGAUAUUUAUCAACAAGUUUUACGAAAAGGAUCCGCUUCAGCGCUGACUUUGGCUUCACUUCAAAUGCCAGCUUUUGAYUGUGAGCAGACUUCUGAUUAUCAAAGUCCAGCAGACAGCAAAGAUUUGUCUAAUUCUGCACAAAUUAGUGGAUGUGUAUCCAGAUCAGCUAGUGCCAAUCUGCCUCGUGGCCUACAGCUUAUACUGACACCAAAUGAAUUUAGCACUCAGGCUUACUAUGCUUUUAGUCCAGGUGUGCAUAGUCAAGCGACGCAAGUGCCAAAUGAUGGACCUACAACGGUUAGUAAUUCAUCAAACCAAAUAAACCAGGCAUCUAAGCCAGCAACUCCCACAACAUUACAGAUACCACCUUUCUCAUCAAUGAAGCAUAUCAGCAGGCCUGAGCCCGUUCAUAUAAUCCCUGUAACCACGCAGGAAAAUAUUUCCGAUGUCACCGCUUGCCUUGUUGCAUCAAAGGAUAACGGACAAGUUGCGCAGCCCAGUGCAGCAAAGGAUCUCGCAUGGAGAAAGAGUUUCGAUGCAGAGGGAGAACCUUUGCUCUCAGUUAAACCUGUGGCGCAAAUGGAUUUAGGAAAAUCUUUAUCUGUACAAAAUCUUAUACAGUCCUCAGAAGAACUGAAUGUACAGAUUGCUGGUAGUGACUCCAGCGGUUCCAGAGGUAGCCAAGACAUAUACUCCAAGUGGAGGGAGUCAAAAUUAUUUAUAACUGAUGAAGAGUUGGAAACAGAGGCAGGAUCAGAGACUUCUGAAGCCAUCUCUCGCCCAUUAGUGGAAACAACUCUCUCUACUGACUCUCUAAGGACUGGAAUAUCAAGAUCAUCUCAAAACAUUUGCAAGCCAGGGGACGGUACAGAAGCACUCAGUCUGCUCCAUGUCAAACUCAAAUAGCAGCUUGUGGGCGUUCUUCAUUGGCUGGGUAAUUCCUCUAGGCAUACAUAUCAUAGCAUGAACUAUUUUGAGAGC